GUGAAUAAAUUGACUUUCCAUUUUGCCAUGAAAUACGGCUUGACACAUAACAAGAUUAAUUGGCAGCUAAGUACAGCAUUGGAGCUCUCUGUGCAAGCAUGGCCGAUAAUGAUCCUCCUUCAAAGAACGCAGAAUCAGUAUUAAAGUGUGUCCAAGAAAUGGCCAUCAGUGGCCAAGAACCACCAGGAAGAUAUUGCUAUAGAGAUGGUGUUGCUAGAGGCUUAGAUACUUGUUGCCUUCCAUUUAUGGAGAUUCCAGUUAUUGAUUUCGAUCUUCUUACAUCCCCAUCUUCCAGCAGACAAGAACAUGCAAAACUUCAUUCUGCUCUCAGCUCAUUUGGAUGUUUUAUGUCAAUUAAUCAUGGAAUGUCAAGUUCAUCCUUGGACAAAGUGCGUUCAGUUAUCAAGGAAUUCUUUGCCCUUCCUCUGGAAGAGAAACAAAAAUAUGGUAGAGGAAUUGACGGCGGGGAAGGUUAUGGGAAUGACAUGAUUCUUUCAGAUGAUCAAGUACUUGACUGGAGUGACCGAUUAUUCCUUGUAGUAAGCCCAGAAGAACAACGGAAGCUCAAGCUUUGGCCUGAAUACCCUGAAAAUUUUAGGGAGACUUUAUUUGAAUAUAUUGCCAAAUUGGAGCUGGUAACUGAGGUUGUCCUUAAGGCCAUGGCAAUGUCAUUAAAUUUGGAAGAUUGCUGCUUUUUGGAUAAAUGUGGAGUUCAAGCAACAAUGCGUGCAAGAUUUAACUUCUUCCCACCGUCUUCAAGGCAUCAUCAAGUUCUUGGUCUUAAACCACAUUCAGAUUCGUCAGUAAUCACCAUUGUCCUUCAAGACAGAGAAGUGGAAGGUUUUCAAUUCCUGAAAAAUGAUCAAUGGUUUAGGGCUCCGAUUAUUCCUGAAGCUCUUCUCAUUAACAUUGGUGAUCAAACAGAGAUAAUGAGCAAUGGAUUGUUCAAGAGCCCAGUACAUAGGGUGGUAAUAAACCCAGAAAGGGAGAGGUGUUCUCUGGCUGUAUUCUAUUAUCCAGAUCCGGACAAUUAUAUCGAACCAUUAGAUGGAGUAGUCGACGACACGAGGCCGAGGCAAUACAAGAAGGUGAAAAAUUAUUUUGGUUCCUUUGCUCCAUACUACCAGCAGGGGAAGAGAUUGAUAGAUGCAAUGAAAAUUCAAAAUUUCUAAGCUGUAUGUCAUAUUUUAGCUGGGCAUUUGAAUUCUAACAGUUGCAGAUUCUUCGGUUCUUGACCAGUCUGUCAAAAGCUGUUGGUUAUGUGUAUAUAUUCUUUGUUAUGAUGUUAUGGUUAUUGCAUAGUUUCUCACUCCUACA